AUGGCCCUUCCCGAGCAUCUCGAGGCUCUUACCGAGAUUGUUCUCAAUAAUCUUCAAAACCAACAUGACUGGACCGAACUCAACACUCAGCUCAAACCGGACCUCUCCAGGCGACUGAUCUCCGGUCUUCCACCAAGGCGGCUCUAUGUCCACCCUGAUGAGCAGAUUGAGAUCAUCAAGGCAGAGAAGAACCGGAAGGAGCAUAUUCCCCAACCGCCAGAAGUCGAGUGGGUGCUCCCCACCCACUUGGCGGAGAAAUGGUCUCCAAAGGCCUUUGCUGCCGUAUUUGACGCCAUCGACACCAUCCCGCCGGGCGCUGCUCCUCUCGAUGCUCUGGGUGCAGAGGACGACAGUUCCCAAUGGAUGCGGUGGAGAGGACCCCAGCGAGGGAAGCGGAUGCUCCUAGCCAUUGUUCAAGACGACUCAACUGUUCUCUACUAUUUGAUGCACGACGGCAUUGUAAAACCGAGGCAGAAUUAA